AUGAUGUUCCCCAGCCUCAUCGCCCCGCCGGCCGUCUACCCCAGCCUCCUGCGCCCGACUCCCACCCUCACCUUGCCUCAGUCGCUGCAGUCGGCUUUUUCCAGCCAUUCCAGCUUCCUGGUGGAAGAUUUGAUCCGGAUCAGCAGACCUACCAGUUACCUGCCCAGGACUGCCCCUCCGCCCAGCAUGUCCCCGCCAACCUCGGCGGCCAGGACGGACUCGGGGACGCCGGAGCUCACGGGCUCCACCAACGCCGCCGGCUCCCGGAGGAUCUGUUCGCCACCGACUUCCAGCAGCGACUCCACUUUCCUGAAGUUUGGAGUCAACGCCAUCCUCUCCUCCGCCCCCCGCGCCGAAACUUCCCCUGCGUUGCUUCAGAGCGUCCCUCCAAAGACUUUCUCCUUUCCGUACUUUGAAGGAUCCUUCCAGCCCUUUAUCAGAUCGUCCUAUUUCCCAGCUGCCUCCACCGUGGUCCCCAUCCCUGGCACCUUCUCCUGGCCGCUGGCCGCCCGUGGCAAGCCCCGCCGGGGCAUGCUGCGCCGCGCCGUCUUCUCCGACGUGCAGCGCAAGGCUCUCGAGAAGAUGUUCCAGAAGCAGAAGUACAUCAGCAAACCCGACAGGAAGAAGUUGGCGGCCAAGCUGGGCCUCAAAGACUCGCAGGUGAAGAUCUGGUUCCAGAACAGGAGAAUGAAGUGGAGGAACUCCAAAGAGCGAGAGCUCCUCUCUUCUGGUGGCUGCAGAGAACAAACCCUACCCACCAAGUUUAAUCCUCAUCCAGACCUCAGUGAUGUAGGCAAGAAAUGUUCAGGAGAGGAGGAAGAGGAAGAAAUACCCCCUGUGUGCCCACCCAGCCCCCGACAUCACUUAACCUACCACCAGACUCCAGAACAUCUACACUUGAGGGACAGACUGGACUCCCAGAUGUCUCCUUCUCCAUCCCAUUCUAGCAGCCCCAGCAAACCUUCAGACUUCUCAGACUCAGAGGAAGAGGAUGAUGAAGGGGAAGAGGAAGAGGAGGAGAUAACCGUCUCUUAG